AUGCUCAAGACGCUGGAAUCAUCUGCGAUGUGUGGCCACAGAGGACUGUGGACCCACGACUGUGUUCACCAGUGGGACGCUGGUGUUGUCUGUGAAGCUCCAACUCCAGUGAGACUGGUCAACGGUACCUCCAACAACCCCUGUUCAGGCAGGGUGGAGGUCUUCCUCCAGGGCCAGUGGGGCACAGUUUGUCAUCAUGGCUGGGACCUGAAUGAUGCCCAGGUGGUUUGUACACAGCUGGGCUGUGGCAGUGCCAUAUCAGCCACCAACGAGGCAUAUUUUGGACAGGGAACAGGACCCAUCUGGUUGGACGAUGUCAACUGUGGAGGAAAUGAAACGUCAAUAACCGACUGUGAACAUCAAGGGUUUGGUUCUCAGAACUGCAAACACGUUGAAGACGCUGGCAUCAUCUGUGAAGCUGUCUCUCCAGUGAGACUGGUCAACGGUACCUCCCACAACUCCUGUUCAGGCAGGGUGGAGAUCUUCCUCCAGGGCCAUUGGGCCACAGUUUGUGAUGAUGGCUGGGACCUGCUAAGUGCCCAGGUGGUGUGUAGACAAUUGGGCUGCGGGAGGGUGCUGUCUGCACCACAUAAUGCCACUUUUGGACCUGGCCAAGGGCAGAUAGGGUUGGAUGAUGUCAACUGCAAUGGUCAUGAAUCUAAGCUCACGCAGUGUGUUCACGGAGGACUUUGGACCCACAACUGUGGUCACCAUGAGGACGCUGGUGCUGUCUGUGAAGCUGGCCCUCCAUUGAGACUGGUCAACGGUCUCUCCAACAACCCCUGUUCAGGCAGGGUGGAGGUCCUCCUCCAGGGCCAGUGGGGCAGAGUUUGUGAUGAUGACUGGGACCUGAAUGAUGCCCAGGUGGUUUGUACACAGCUGGGCUGUGGCAGUGCCAUAUCAGCCACCAACGAGGCAUAUUUUGGACAGGGAACAGGACCCAUCUGGUUGGACGAUGUCAACUGUGGAGGAAAUGAAACGUCAAUAACCGACUGUGAACAUCAAGGGUUUGGUUCUCAGGACUGCAAACACGCUCAAGACGUUGGCAUCAUCUGUGAUGGUAUUCCUGACAACAAAAACAAUGGGAAAUUAAUUAACCUUGGUCGGUCGGCCUUCGUCAUUCCCAUCAUCAUUCUGGUCAUUCUUUAUUGCUGGAGGAAAAAGAAGCAUCAUACAGAAAACCUUGAUUCUGAACAGAGUCCAAACUGUGACCAAGCUGCCGCCAUCUCUUUGAAUGUGAGUCUGUUAGGACCCCCUCCUCUCCCUUUGGAGCCCACUGACAUAGAACUCAACCCCAUAAACACCUAGGAGGCUCUAUGGGAGAUAUUGGCUGUAGGUUUAAACUUCUGCUGCCCCUGAGAUGAACCCCGGUUACUGGGCUGACUCCAAGUGGACCCCUUAAACCUGUGAACCCCUCUAUUCCUGGCUCACCUCAGCCUGACAGGAAGAGAGGGGGAGGGCUUUAUGACAGCCACAAUGAACAAAGGAGCGCCCUUCAUUCUUCCUCUCACUUUACUUAGAAUGACUUGUAUGUUAAUGUUAACUCGUUAAUGUUACAAUCAAAGACUGCCUGCGUUAUGAAUGUAUUCCAA